AGUGCUGUGAAUGGCCAAUGGGAGUUGCCUAGUGGAGCAAACCCAGUGCGCUGCCUUCCCAUUCAUUCAGAGCAGAUCAGGCCUACAGAGCAAGAGGGAGCGCACUGAGGACGCUGCGUUUUUCUCUGUUUUUUUCCCCUCUCCGGAGCGCAGCGCAGAUUAAAUUAGACUUAAAAGCAAAGAAAACAAACGGCGCUCCUAUAAAACUGUUGGAUAUAAACUCGCAGUUCUCUCUGGACCUUUUUUGUUGUUGUUCUUCAACUUUUCCACCGGGGACUCCUCUAACUGGCUCCUCUCGCCUUCACCAAUCUGCAUCUCCAAGUGCGUAGCGGCGCCCCACGGGUGACUUCUUUGCUUUAACGGAGCUCCACCGUGGAUUUAUGCACGCGCAGCUCAGCGCUGAACUUUUCCCCCACGCAGACACCCAAAGCAAAGGAAAUAACGCAGGAUUCGGUUCCAGCUUGGAUUAUCUAACCCAGCGUUAUGCGUUAGACCUGCUCCUGUUGGAUGGAGUUUUACUAAAUAAUUUGGUUGAUGGAUUCCACGUUAUGGAUGCUUGCAUAUAGGUUUUCCAAUGCAUGUCCACGGUGAAUGUCGGAAGUGGUGAUCCCCCCAGAUGGAGCUCCAAAGUCAACAUGGCCCCGCCGGAUCAUUAGUGGUGAUCCAGCAGCCUUCCCUCGACACCCGGCAGAGGUCGGAUUACGAGCGGGAGCUCCAGCAUGCCGCCAUACUCUCUCUGGAACAAAUCAAGGCCAUCCGCUCCAGCAAUGAGUACACAGAGGGGCCCUCGGUGGCGCGGAGGCCCCCAGCACCCCGUGUGGCCCCCAGGCCCCAGGAUAAACAAGAAAGGACUCAUGAGGUCAUCCUUGUCAAUGUGAACAACAACUACGAGCGCCAGCCAUCGGGCCAUCACCACCACCACGGUGGGAGUAGCAUGGUGGUUGUUGCUGCGGGGCCUCAGUACGGCGGCUCUCGGGCCCCUGGACUCAGCCGCUCCACCAGCACAGGAAGUGCUGCCAGUUCAGGGAGCAACAGCAGUGCCUCCUCUGAGCAGGGACUCCUGACGCGUUCACCACCAACGAGGCCCGGGGUGGGCUUACAGCACCACCACAGAGCAGAGCGACCUGUUCGGACUCAGCCCAAAUCCAAGCCGCUAUUACAGCCCCAGCAGGGGCACCAGACUCCCCUGGAGGCUCCACUUAAGCCCCCAACCAAAGGGAAAUCAGACUUUGGGGUAGUGGCCGCCGCCGGGCACCAGUUCAUCUGCGAGCGCUGUGGGAAGUGUAAAUGCAGCGACUGCACGGCCCCCAGGAGCCUGCCCUCUUGUUUGGCAUGUAAUGGACAGUGCCUGUGCUCGGCGGAGAGCGCACUGGAGCACGGCACGUGCAUGUGCCUGGUCAAAGGCAUCUUCUACCACUGCUCCAACGACGACGAGGGGGAUUCAUGCGCUGACCACCCCUGUUCGCUGUCACGCUCCCACUGCUGCUCCCGCUUCCUGUGCAUGGGAUUAAUGUCGGUACUCUUCCCCUGUCUGCUGUGCUACCCACCUGUCAAGGGCUGUCUGAAGGCGUGCCAGGGCUGCUAUGACCGGGUCAACCGGCCCGGCUGUCGCUGCAAGAACUCCAACACUGUGUAUUGUAAACUGGAGAGCUGGGCCCCACAGAGCCAGGAAAAGCCUUCCUGAUCGCUUCCUGUGUGUGUGUGUGUGUGUUUGUGUGUGCGUGUGUGAGUGCGUGUGUGAGUGCGCGCGGGACGCUCCUGACGUGGAUCAUAUGAUAACAGUAAAAAUAGUGACAGCCACAGAUUAAUGUUUAUCAAACAUUCUAAGCACCUCCCACAUGACUCCUCUCCUGGCUGCAGAACCCGAAGGAGCUACAAAGGAGUAACGAAAACCACUCAAUAAUUUUAUUAUUUUUUUGCUCUCUUCUGGAUCAGGACCAUGUUUUUGUUUUAUUUUACAGACCAGUGUUUGCCUUAAGUCUCUUUCUCUGUCUGUCCUCAGCUCCCUGAAUAACACUAUUUUUUAAAAUUCUAAUUCAAAAAAAA